CUGUGCAAACGGCUGUGUUUGCGCAUCCUUGUGCGGAACUGUGCGCUGGACGUUGGAUCUGAACGUUUCACCGUGCGUGCCGGAUCAUUUAAGAUGAUCCGGCUUUACCCACGUUGGCAUACGGGAUUUUCCGUUGUUAAGAGUCUUUUCAGGACCGUGUUCACUGCCCUAACUGCGACUGUACCGAAAACGACGCUUGUCGCGACUGAAUUUUAUCGACAGCCCUUGCCAAGAACAUGUGUUGCGUUUGCCUCAGACCAAGGGAAGCGUAUCUUUCGGGAAGCAUUAUCAGCAGGACACAUGGAGGCCUACUUCCCACUGGCUGAACAACUCUGCACACAGGCAGAACCUGCUUACUGCGGGCUUGCUACUUUGGUAAUGGUUCUGAAUGCUUUCGAAAUGGAUCCAGGUCGAAUUUGGAAAGGCCCGUGGCGUUGGUAUCAUGAAUCUAUGUUGGAUUGUUGCAUCCCAAGCGAUGUACUAAGUCAGGGAAUUACUUUGGAUAAAUUUGUCGAAAUCGCUCGCUGUCACGGUCUCGAAGUCGAUUUGCAUCGCGUCCGGUCGUCAGAUCAACUGUCCGCUUUCCGCGAGGUCGUGUCCACUAUGACCUCAAGCGAGCAUAAGGGUUAUCUAGUCACAUGCUUUGCCCGUGGCUCCUUGGGACAGACGGGCACAGGCCACUUUGCUGCUGUUGGAGGCUACCACCCACAAAGAGAGCUCGUCUUUCUGUUUGACACGGCGCGUUUUAAAUACCCUUCUCACUGGGCACCAAUCGCCCGCUUGUGGGAAGGGAUGGCCCAGCUAGAUUCCGUUACAAAACAACCCCGGGGAUACAUGAUUAUAACUAGAUCUUCAGUCCUUGGACGACGGAACAUUGCAGAACAAGCGGACUCCACCGUUGAGGACAGACUCUACCUUUUUGGAAUUUCAGAUAGCGCACGUCAGGCGUAUCUGUCUCCCGCUGCACUGUGUGGGAGAAAUAGUGUUGGCCGUCGAUUGCGUGUAGUUGCGGAUAGUUGGCUCCAGUGGAUCCGCGAUGAAGUCCCUGAAGAGCAAAGCCAUCAGUCCGCAGUAAUCGGAGCAGCAGCUAGGUUUAUUUUGGAUGCAUGCCCUAAGCACUCGCUUUACAACUUCUUCUUGACAGUACAACCGUUCGUUGAUGAGGAACAACAAGGACCGGUGCGUGAUGCGCAACAGAAGGUAGUAAAAGAUCUUCUCGCUUCCCAAUUGGGUCAGAUUGUGACUUCCAUUGUUAACAGUUUGCCUAAAGACCAAUUUGAGUGGCUAACCACUGUUGGGCCAUUCCGAUUAGCUACUGGUCGUUCCUAUGCUUCCUCUACCAAAACCUAUGUGAGAUCCAGUCCUAUUUGUCCCUUCGCUGAACUAUCCGAUCCUGGUUUGCGCUUGAGCUUGCUGCUUACAUCGUUUAUCUGUUCUUAUCCAUAUGCUGAAAUUUCGAAACUGACUAAUGGUAUCACAAAGAACACCCGAGUCCACUUACUAAGGGAAGUUUUUGAGUGUGCCAAAUUCUCGGAUGCUACUCUCACUGAACUCCAGGUCCUUCGGAAUGUGUUGUGGUCCUUUAUUUCCACGGGGUUGCAACAGACUGAAGCGCCUUCUCCAUGUUGUAAUACGAUAUAGCAUUUACGCACGUGAGAUUUGAUCACAUUGAUUAUGACUUACGUUUUAUCCUCAUCAGGGAAGCAUAUUUUUUCUCCGCUUUUGUCACAGCUUUUUCACUUGCAAGACGAGAUUUUUCGUGUUCAGUUAUUGAUGAAUAUUUCUGAAUAUAUUCCUUUUUU